AUGCCAGCCAGGCUUCUGAGGACCGUGGGCAGACCUCACGGCAUCCUGUGGACAGCAUGUCAGUGCCACACGCGUGCUCACCUGACGGCAAAGUCGCUGAAGGAGUUCACCGCUACCAUGUGCAGCCCCCUCACCGUCAAUCAGAACCUGCCUUUGCCCUUUCCUGACCCAGCCGCUCAAGGUUCACGUAAGUCUCCAAUCCUGAAACUGAACCAGAGAAUACCAAAUGCAAAUACCUUUCCCCCAGUAAAUGCUGUGUGUGGCACCGAGGGGAAAACACACCUUCCAGCCUUGAACAUGUUUGGCAUUCACGGAAGCGUGACUCAUAAACCAAAUCUCCUGGGUUCUAAGUGGUUUAUGGAGAUCCUAAAGAAGCAUUCCUCGUCGGUAUCAGCUGAAACAGUUGUUCCAAAACAAGACGUUCCGCAAAUCAAGAGACCACUCAAGGCAUCCCGGACCAAGCAGCCGUCCAGGACCAACCUCCCCUUGCUGUCCAUGACUGAGGACAUGAUGCACUGCAUCGCGUUCGCCACCGCAGAUGAAUACCACCUUGGAAAUCUCUCCCAGGAUCUGACCGCCCAUGGAUAUGUGGAAGUAACAAGCUUGCCUAGAGAUGCAGCAAAUAUCUUGGUGAUGGGUGUAGAAAGUUCUGCAAAAGAAGGUGAUCCUGGGACAAUAUUCUUCUUCAGGGAAGGAGCUGCUGUGUUUUGGAAUGUGAAAGACAAAACGAUGCAGCACGUGAUGCAAGUUCUAGAAAAGCACGAGAUCCAGCCGUACGAGGUCGCCCUGGUGCACUGGGAGAACGAGGAGCUCAGCUACGUGAAAACCGAGGGGCAGUCAAAGCUCCACCGAGGAGAAAUCAAGUUAAACUCGGAACUAGACUCAGAUGAUACCAUUCUAGAAAAAUUUGCCUUCUCAAAUGCGCUUUGCCUUUCAGUGAAACUGGCUAUUUGGGAAGCAUCCCUGGAUAAAUUUAUUAACUCUAUUCAAUCAAUUCCAGAGGCUUUAAAAGCUGGGAAAAAAGUGAAGCUAUCUCAUAAAGAAGUUAUGCAGAAAUUGGGUGAACUCUUUGCCUUAAGACAUCGUAUAAACCUGAGUUCAGACUUCCUGAUCACUCCUGAUUUCUACUGGGACAGGGAACACCUGGAAGAACUUUACGAUAAGACCUGUCAGUUCCUCAGCAUUGCUCGCAGAGUGAAGGUGAUGAACGAGAAGCUUCAGCACUGCAUGGAGCUGACAGACCUGAUGCGGAACCACCUGAACGAGAAGAGGGCCUUGCGUCUCGAGUGGAUGAUUGUCAUCCUCAUCACGAUUGAGGUGAUGUUUGAACUGGGACGAGUACUUUUCUGAUCAAGCAACACCAAAGACAAGGUCACUGCCAAGAUGUGUUCAAGUUCUACAAUCAAAAUAUACUCACUGUUGGG